AGAGAGAGAGAGAGAGAGAGAGAGAGAGUAGUUUAUGUGCACAGACUGUCGCUCUGCGCUCAUUCGAGCAGCCUGACAAGCGGGGGGCGUUCCUGCUUUUCACUCCAGUGUGUAGUUUGGGAUGGGUUUUUUAAAAAUAUAUAUGAAGCGACGAACGAGCAUUGCAAGCCACGUACAUUAACUUUGUCCUUGAAUUGCGGACGUCUUUAUUUGAUUUGAACAUGUAGCCUUAGGGGAUCUUUAUUUGACGGGAGCGUGUGCUAUUGCAUGUAUGUAGUCUGCAGUCUUACGUCAGUCUCGAGGGGAGUAUUCACGUAUAAAGCGAAGGUUGCAGUAUCGUUGUUUUGUGAAUGUGAUGAUGUUUACAGACAGAAUCUACCCGACUACUGACUAAAGCUAUCUGUUUUAGUUUUAGUUAGAAUUUUACCGCACUUGCAACACGGAUAGGUCAAAUUAGUGCCGUGGAUUAGAGGUGUUACGAAAGAGUAAAAUACAACCAAAAAAAAGAAGGAAAGGAGAUAAGGAAAAACGAUAGAUGUUUGAUAGGAGAGAAGGCGCAAACCACACCUACAGAGCACCCGCCAAUCUCCCGUGAGUUGUCUGUAAUAAGUAGUCAGCCUCCGUGACAUAUCGGAACAAAACGUAUUGUCAAGAUGGGCACUUUCGUUGGACAUGCAGUUCCAGGAACUUUCUUCAUUGUGUUUGCUCUGUGGUACAUUGUCCAAACCUUUCGACGAUUUCUCGCUUGCCGUCCACGGAAAUCGGAAUUUGUCUCCACACAUUUUUUCUUAUGUGAUUGUUUAUGCGGACGCCUCAAGAACCUGCCUUUGGAAUCUUUCGUGAAGAUCCUGGUUUCGACUAUCGGAUGUGUAGGGGAGAUCGUGACGGGCUAUGAGUGGACGGGAGACCAUUUCGGCAUGAACAACGCACAGCACGCGACCAUGUUCUUCUUUUUCGGCUUAUCCGGAGUCGUGGACGUUUUCUCUCACUACAAGAGAACCCUCGUUCCAGACUUGGAUUACAUCGUCUCCAUCAUCGCCUUGUUCGUGGAGUGGCUGUUGUUUCGGUUUCACCUCCACGGGAGAUCCUCACUGGACAGCCAGGUUCACAUGCUGUUGGUUUAUGCCAUUUUCCUCAACAUUGUGGUCGUUGCGGCGGAGAUAAAAUACAGAAACUCUGUGCUCUGUCCUCUGGCGAGAGGUUAUUUCUUCCUCUUGCAGGGGUCGUGGUUUUGGCAAAUCGCAUUUAUCUUGUACAGCCCGCUGCCCAAUAGCCAUUGGUCAUCAGAAGACCACGACCAGAUCAUGCUCAGCGUGCUUAUCUUUUCCUGGCACUGUGCAGCCGACCUGGUCGUUGUUCUUUUGGCAGGAAUGAUUCUGUCUGUGAUCUACAGGAAGCGGGGGGCAGGGGGAACGACGUGGGAGGAGACAGACUGGACACAGAGCUAUGAAGACACACAUUUUUAGCAAGUAGAAUGACAGUGAGAGACCAUGCAGAUUUGAACAUAAGCUUUCCGAAUGUUCGUCAAGUUUGUAACUAGAUCUAUGAUAAUAUCUACGAUGGCGUGGCACGAAAAGGUAGACAAAGAGAGGAGAAUACGCAGCACAAUGUUGAAGAAGCAUCAGACAUAACACAUACACAUCAACAGCCCCGAAAAAGACGUUUAUUGUAGAUGUCUGGAUCUUGUCACUGGUGGGUCUUCUUGUACUUAUUUGCUAUCCCUCUGUUCGGGCGAUGUCUGUGGUACAACCGCUAGUCACUUCGCCGUUCGCACGCAGGAGACAUGGGUUCGAUUUCCCUGUGGAGCGAAUUUUUAUCGAGUAUUUCCAUCUGUCUCUCGGGACGUUGUAGCUCUCUCAGCCAAGGUUGACCUUAACAGACAGAGCCUAAGCGUGUCUCCUAAAUGGUCUAAUUUGUGUCGAUAGAAGUGUAAAACUUAAAAUUACGUGUAUUAUAUCCGUUAAUUUCCGUCUGUCUUGCUUUCUCCCAUAAUUUCUAAUAUGACCAUUGUCAGGUCGGUGUGCUUGUCUAUAUCUAUACAUAACAAAGCAAUUUAAUUCGAGAAUUUAGUUAAUCCUUCAAGAUGGAGAAAGACUAUUACAAUGCCAAUGUUACUGGAUUAUAAAACACCGCCAACGAAUCCCCCGUCAGCACCAUUCCACAAGCGCCUAAGUUUGUGUGUGCGUGCGUGUGUGUAUGUGUGUGUGUGUGUGUGUGUGUGUGUGUGUGUGUGUGUGUGUGUGUGUGUUUUCUUUAAGUUUUGAGAAAACUGAAAAAAGAGAACGCCCAAAUCAGAACCAUGACUUGAGCACCUGAUAUUUUUCAAUGAAACACCAUUAAUUUUUUUUCAAAUUCAAAAGUUAAGUGGUUCGCAAGUUUAACUUUCGAAUUUGCCCCUCCAAAAUAUAAUGGUGGCUCAGAAUCCUUUAAAGGGUGCACAGUUUUAUUGAGGAGUCUGAAGUCACUCUAAGCUAAUUUUUCAAACUUUGAUUAGUUUUCGUUUGAUCGUUUCUUGGGAGAGUCCGUCUUCUAAGACGUCAUUGUAAACAAGUGAGGCUUCCGUUCACAGGCUUCCUUUCUUUCUUACUUCCUUUCUUUUCAUGAGUUAAAUUGUUCAAUGUAAUCUUUCAACAAAAACAUGCCACGUCGUCGCAGAUGGGUGCCUUUUUGGAAAGGGGGGGG